AGGUCCUUCAACUUCAUGAUUUCCAGAACAGACAUUGUCCCUCGACAUUCAGUUUUUCCUUUUGACCUUUUGGACGUAUAUUAUGGUUUUAGACCAGGCCCGUCCCCGUACCCGUAACGAAAUAGAAAUUUGGGUGUUGUAAAAUAGCUCCAUCGUUUUUCCGAGUGCUUGUGUCAUAGAGGCAGUAAAUUACUUUCAUCUCUCCUGUACAUUAUCUCUGCUGAGCCGAGCUUAUGUUAUGCGUGUGCCUCCCAUUUUGAUUUCCCCAUUGCAAUUCUGAUUCGUUAUCUCUUCGAAGGCACUCCGUGCGAACUUUUCUGUUUUGUACAGUAAGACUAGCAAGAGCAAGAUGGAGGGCUGGUAGCUGUUUCCUUGUCAUCAUGUCACCAUCUCCCGGUCGUUUUUGAGGAUUUCUAAGUGAAUUGUCAAAUAAAAACCAACAAGAAUGCAUAGAAAUGCACAGCAAUAUUUCUGUGACAUGAACAUGAAAAAAAAAAGAAUUCAUGAGUAUAACUCUUCCACGGCGUGGUAUGCGCGCCCCCUUCUGAUUUUAAAGUUUUUGAGUGUACAAUAACGGAAACGGAUCGAUAAAGAAUUUCCCCAAGUAAGUAUGAAGCUGCUAACCUCGUCUUGCAGCCCCUUCACAAUCACAAACUUGAGUCCUCCAGCAAGGGCGAAAAGGGGCAGGGGUUGGCUUCAUCACAACAAUUCGUGUUUUACGCAUCUGUUUUUGGAAGGUUUUGCCACUGUCAUGUGUGUGGUGUUUUUUUUCACGAUAUUUGGUGCAGCUUUGUCUACCUCCGUGCUAUUCAAGGCGGCAGCUGUGGAGGCAGCUGGGGUGACGCCGGCACUUCUGCCACGAGGAGACAAGUUGGAAAAGUUACAAGACCUGCGAUGGACCAGCGAAGCAGCGCUCCUCCCAGAGCAGGCCACACACUCGUCGAACCUAUCAGCCCAGGAAAGGUCAGCAGUGGUGUUGACAAUGAAAGCCCCCGAAGUACUAGAUGAAGACCAACGCCAACCGUCUGCCUCUGCGGAAGUAGCGGGUACAACCACCGAAUUUGAUUUCGACGACGAGAUGGCGCAGCAGGAAUCAGGCGAAGAAGAAGAUGAAAUGAAACUCAAACUGUUCAGCGUCCAGCGCUUUUUGAAGGCCCGAAGCGGGCUGAGCAGCGGAUCGUUGGCCUUCUAUCUGAUAUUGUUUGUCCCCGCGGGGGUCUGCCUCUUUUGCUGCCGCAUUUAUUUCAUGACGCGAGAAGCGAGUGCCAUGAUGACGACGCGCGGAAAGGACGGCUCUGUCGUGCGCCAAGACACGACGUUCGGCGGGCGUGUGGGCACCUUCUUUUGCUGCGCCAACUGUACGUCGAUGUUGUCUUGCUGUUGUGGGAAGAACAACAAGCAGCAAGUUGCGCCGCACGACGCGGAAUUCUACUACACUGAGGAAAGCCCCGUUUACAAUGAGGAGGGACAGGGGCCAUCGCCACGCGUCGCGGAGGUAGGCAAAAAAGGUAAUAACCCGCGACGAGGCAACAUGAAAAAAACCACUGUGGUCCACGGACCAGGAGGUCCUCCACCUCCAGCGGGACCACCGGGCGGGCCCACAAUAAACCGCUCCCCGAGAGGACCACGAGCUUCACCGCGCGGCGGCGGGGCCGCGGCUACCAACACCCGAUCUUCGCGGCAGGUGAAUAUACUUGGCCGGAACAACAUGCAGGAACAGCGCUACGAGGGCCAGACGACGGACGAAGAGUUCGGCGUUGAGGCCUCGACCAGCAAGAAAGGCAGGACGCCCCCGGGGAGUCGUGUGGCGUCGAAGGAAUCCGUGCAAAGCUACGCCCCGUCGAUCGCCGCCGGUCCCGCGCCCCGCAUCUCCGACAUCAUCGCGCAGAGCGACAAACUCCUGACGCCCCGGUUGACGCCGCGGACGGAAGCCUUCCCCUCGUUCACCACGGCCCCCAUCUACGCGUCAACGACCUUUGUGGAACCGCGGAGCACACUACCCCAUGGAAAAUUAGUCUGAGACGAGGAGUCGUUUGUGUUUCUUUGUAUAAUAACAUCAGUUUGAACGAGUGGAUGCAUGUUGUAGUUGAUGCACAUCCGAGAUUGAAAAUCAAAAUUCUGGGCGUUACUGAUUUGCAUGUUGACACGAGAUUACACAAAGACUAAGAGCGUGCCGUCAUGGUGAUUUUACAUGGGAUAUGCGUACCAAAUGAAGGGAAAACACUUGGCGAACCCCAGCGGGGGCGGGCACUCGAACGUGUCUAGCAGAACGUCAUCCAAAAACAGGAGCUAAACUGGUGGAAAAAGUGCUGCAUUGUGCGGGAAGGGGAAAUGUAGUUACAAUAAUUACUAUUCUGCAUCUCCGAUCUAGUAGAAUACACUAAGUAGUGGCAGGCUCCUGUGUCAUCAUCUCCCCGUUCACCGAUGCUUGUUGCGUGUGGAAGCUUAUUGGGCACGUCGAACGAACAGUCACGAGUAGCAGUAUUAGAUACAGAUAGACGAGCAAGCUUAAGCUGACGAGACACGACGAACAGCAAUAUACUAAUGGUGAAAUUAGUGAUGAGAAAAGCGUUAGACACCCACUCUCAUUGUGUGGAUAAGGAUUAGCACCUGCAACCGCUGUCUAGGUAAGUAGUCUACCCCAAUUAUAGAAAUGAAAGACGAAUACCAUCUAACACAGGAGUUGGAGCAACGCUUACAACCAUCCUGACCAUUGUAAAAACAGGGUGUACACCUACACUUGAUAUCCGCCAACAUUGACUAUCACUUUGUGCUGUGUGUUCAAUAGAAUACUGCGAGCUGCUGUUCUAUGAGCAUGCCCAUGGGCAUGGCGUUGUCCACCGCGAUGAUCCUGCUAGGCACUUCGUUUUCGUUUUUCCUGCUUCGAAAUAUUUUUCAAUCACAAUGUCGUCAAACUCAAACUCAAAUCUAUGCAUUCUACGCUGAGUCGGGCACACGCCG